AUGCCGGCCACCCCGGAUAUCGUGCUGGAGUUCGACGGCGGCGGAGAGGGCGAGAAGCCCGAAGACGAUGCCCAUGCCCAUGCCGCCGGAGAGGACGCUGCGGCGGCGGAGGAGGACGUAAACGACUGUGCUCCGGCAGGCGAGGAGCCGGAGGAAGACGCCGGCGCUGGGCUGCAGUCGGCUGAGACCGCUGUCGCGGUGGACGACCCCGCAGAGCAGGGCGCUUCCCCUGCACAAGACGAUUCUGAUAUGGCUCCCGCUGGAGGUGGAGAUAGCUUAGAUGACCAGACUGGUCAGGGGAUCCUCGAUGGUGCCGCUCACUCUGAACUUGGCGUCGUGCAAGAUGAUGCUCCUCAGAUGGAUAAAGAUGCCGCGGUUAACGAGGGUGCUCAGGAUGAGGAGGCGGCACCGGUGGAUGACGCAGUUGCUACAGCUGAAUUGGAUGAGACGGAAGCAGAGCUCGUCAAGGAUGACGAUGGUAUUGCAGAGGAGGGGACAGAGAUGGAUGCACUUGCCUCCACUGAGGAGGAAGGGGCUGCAGCAGCUGGUCAUGCUUCGGGUAGGCAGAUGGAUGCAGUUUCUCCGAGCAGAGAUGCUGACGAAGAAGCUGCUGUCGAUGCCACAAGUGAUGAUGACGUAAAGGUGGAUACAGUUGGCCUGACUGGAGAUGAUUAUCAGGAAAAGGUGACUUUGUCAGCUGGUGAUGAUGGUGCAGGUGAGGAGGGCAUGGAAAAUUGUGCAGAUGUUGGUGCUGGAGCCGAGGAUGAAAAAGAUGGCAUGGCUGCCCAAAUUGUUGCUGAAGAAUCCGAUGGUGUUCCGGAACAAGAUGAUAACGUUCCGGCUUCAGCUGAAGAUGACGUGGCUGGUAAUGUUGGUGCAGAGGAGGUCACGGAGAUGGAUGUACCUGCCACAACUGGAGAGGACAAUGAGGACGAAGGGGUUGCAGCAGCCGGAGACACUUUCAUGGAUGAGGGGACGCAGAUGGAUGCGGUUUCCGUGAGUAGAGAUGUCAACGCAGAGGAAGCUACUGAUGCAGCUGGUGUUUGCGCGACAGGUGAGGACUUGCAGGUGGAUACAGCUGGCCUGACUGGGGACAACAGUCAGGAUGUUGCCUCAGCUGGUGAUGAUGGUGCAGAUGUGGAGGGCACCGAGAAAGAUGAGGAUGAAGACGAUGACAUGGCUGACCAAAAUGUCACUGAAGAAGCUGAUAGUGUUCCAGAAGCUGAUGUUGACAUGGCUGGCGGUUUACCUGAAGAAGAGGAUGUGCAGAUAUAUGAGGAUGACGACGAUGAUGAGCCUCCACCAUUGAAAAAGAAGGGUGGAGGGCGGCCAAAGCGAGGCCGUGCAUCUUCCAAGGCUCAAGCCGUGGUGAAGCCAUCUCCUAAAAAGAAGGAUGAGGAGGAGGUUUGCUUUAUAUGCUUUGAUGCUGGUGACCUUGUGGUUUGUGAUCGUAGGUUUUGCCCCAAGGCUUAUCAUCAUUCGUGCGUUAAUCGGGAUGACGAGUUCUUCAAGACUAAGGGUCAAUGGACUUGUGGGUGGCACAUUUGUAGCAACUGUCAGAAACCUGCUAGCCAAAUGUGUUUAACAUGUACCUAUUCCUUGUGCAAAGCGUGCUUGAAAGAGACAAACUUCAUCCGUGUCAGAGGAACUAAAGGUUUCUGUGAGACAUGCAUGAAUACUGUGAUGAUGAUAGAGAACAAAGAGGAGGCAACCGAGCAAAUGGAUGUAGAUUUUGACGACAAAGAAUCUUGGUGGUAUUUGUUCAAGGGUUAUUGGUUGAAUUUGAAAGAGAAGUUGUCGUUGACAUUUGAAGAAAUAUCAGUCGCUAGGCGUCAAAAAAAUGGACCUUCUUUGAACGGGCCUUCUUUGAUUAUACGUGAACUACCUGAAACUAAUGAUGAAGAAGAGGCUAAUUCGGACAGUUCACCAAAAAAGAGGGGAAAGAAGCGAUUAAAGCGUGCUGCUGAUGAGGACAGUUCCAAAGGGAAAGGCAGCACUCGGAGGUAUACCAAGCGAGGUUCAGGUGGCCGUGAUGCUAAGACUAAGAAGUCUACAGGGGCAAAGGUUAGAAAAUCGUCGAAGCGUGCUUCAAGCAGUGAUCAUGGACCAAAAGAAUCUGAAAGUGUGGGUACAUCUACAUCCUCAGCUGAAGAGGCUAGUUGGGCAUCAAAGGAGCUCUUGGAUUUUGUUGCACAUAUGAGGAAUGGUGACAAAUCAAUGCUCUCCCAGUUUCAAGUUCAACGCCUUUUACUUGCCUAUAUCAAACGUGAAGAUCUCCGUGAUCCUCGUAGAAAAAGCCAGAUAGUUUGUGAUCCUUUGCUCCAAAGUCUAUUUGGAAAAGAACGUGUUGCGCAUUUUGAAAUGUUGAAGCUUCUCGAAUCUCAUUUCUUCAUGACUGAGGUCGCACCAGUUGAUAUCGAUGGCAAUCACGGUGGUGUUGUAGACCCUGAUCCUAGCCAGGAUGUUGAUGGUAACAGUGAAGCAUCAUUUGUGAUGAGUUCAGAAAAAAGGAAAUCGCGUAAAUAUGAUCCGAAAGCUCUCCAAACGAACCUUGAUGACUUCGCCGCGAUAGAUAACCAUAAUAUUGGCUUGCUGUACCUGCGUCGCAACCUAAUGGAAGAGUUAAUGGGUGAUGUUGACACAUUUAGCGAGAAAGUUCUUGGAACAUUUGUGAGAAUACGGAUAUCUGGUGCAGGUCAGAGGCAAGACAUCUAUCGACUUGUGCAGAUUGUUGGGACAGGAACAGCUGCUGAGAUGUAUAAAUGUGGAAAAAAGACAACUGAUAUAACACUAGAGAUACUAAACUUGGACAAGAAAGAGGUUAUUACUAUUGAUAUAACUUCAAAUCAAGAAUUCACUGAGGAGGAGUGCAAACGGUUACGGCAAAGCAUCAAGUGUGGGCUCAUUGCAAGGAUGACAGUGGGAGAAGUUCAGGACAAGGCAAGGGUUCUCCAUUCUGUGAAAGUCAAUGAUUGGAUCGAAAGUGAAAAAAUGCGUCUUGCGCAUCUUCGUGACCGUGCCAGUGAUAUGGGCCAUAGAAAAGAGCUUAGAGAAUGUGUAGAGAAGCUGAAGCUUCUAAAUACUCCAGAGGAGCGUGCUCGAAGGCUGAAGGAAGAACCGGAAAUACAUGCUGAUCCUGCCAUGGAUCCGGAUUAUGAAUCUCCAGAGGAACCAGAGGAGGAUGCUGAGAAAAGUAGCUUCAGUAAGCCGAGUGGUUCUUUUUCUAGGAAAGAUAACAACCCAGUGUCUCCCGGUAAAGGAGAGGGUAGGAAUGCUGCAAGAGAUCCUAAAUCUAACUGGGAGUCAAACCGAAACACGUGGUCAAGUACACAGUUGGAAUCGCCUCAUGGACGGAGAUCUACAUUCUCGUCUCACGGUGAAAGUGCUGGUUACACAGAUAAAUCAGACAGUCCAAAUGUUGGUGCACACAGAACUAAUGUGGAAGCCACGGCAGCUAAUACUCCACGUGGGCUAUCUGGUGCCUCAUCUCAAACUUUAACGGCUAAUUUAGGGUCUGCAACACCUGCAUCACAGUUAACAGUCAAUGAGUCUGAAAAGAUAUGGCAGUACGUGGACCCUUCUAAUAAAAUCCAAGGCCCUUUCUCAAUAGUACAGUUGCGGAAAUGGAACAGCAGUGGGUACUUCCCUGCUAAUUUGAAAAUAUGGAAGUCUAACGAGACGCAGGAUGACUCAAUAUUGUUGGCUGAUGCUUUGGUUGGGAAGUUUGAGAAAGACCUGCCUCCGUGGGAACCGCCACUUGGCAGCUCAUCUCAAAUGGACAAAGCUUACUUGAGAAGCAACUCAGAUGUUGGUGCUAGACCCUCUAGUGGCUCCCUUUUUGAAGAAAAAUCAGGGGUUCUAAAUAAGUCGCAGUCUUUCCCGGAUAGGGUUAGUCAAAUGCAGGAUACAACAAAUCCUGGAGCAACCAUGAUCCAGUCUGGUGCACAAAGUUAUUAUGGGAUGCAAAAUUCUCAAGCAGCUUUUGCAAGCCAGCAAUCUCUUACUGGAAGUUGGAAUGCUUCCUCAAGUCAGUUUGGCACUACAGUAAAUCAAACAACACCGUCUCAGCCUGCUCCUGCAACAGUUGGCACACAAACAGUUAAUUCACAGUCUUCAGAUCUUGGAGCAGUAGGUGCACAGACUGGAGCUGCACAAUCAAACACUCAGCAAUUUGAAGAUGCAAGGAACCAAUCAACUGAUGCCUCCAACUCAGCUCAGCUGAUGUCAACACCAGCUGCUGCUGGUGGAGAUAGUCAAAGCAGUGGCUGGUCCACGCCUGCACAAGUUGGAAACGCAUCUGGCCAAGCUCAGGUGGCUGGAAAUAUGGACUGGGGAUCCCUUCAGAACAUGGGUUGGGUUACACCGAACAUGCCUUGGGCAGCACCAGCACAAGGCGCCACAGGCUACAACAUGGGGGUGAGUAUGCCGACACAGCAAAAUGCAGUCCAGAACAUGGGUUGGGUGACACAGAAUCCAGGAAACACCAACAUGAAUAUGAUAUGGACUCAAGCCCAAGGGACUCCAAAUGCGGCUGCUAUGAUGGGAGCUCAGAUGCAAGGAGUUGCAGUGGCCCCUUGGGGGGGUGCCAUGGCACAAGGAAAUGCAAAUUCUAAUCCUGGUUGGGUGCCCCAGGCUGGAAACAUGAAUCAAAAUACUGGCUGGAGCGCUCCUGUGCAGGGAAAUCCAGGUCCUAGUCCUGUAAAUGGUACAGGCCAGGGGAAUAAUAAUAUGAACUGGAAUUCACCAAGCGGGAAUCAGACCUGGAAUAACCAGCAGGAUUUUAAUGGUGGUAACUCAGGUGGGCGGCCAUGGAGGCCUCAGUCUGGCGGUGGAGGGUCACGUCCUUUCAAGAGGGGACCUUGCUAUGCCUUCCAGAACACUGGUCGCUGCCACAGAGGAGAGCAGUGCAACUAUGCCCAUGACCGACCGGUUGACGGAUCUGCACCGAGAAUUGAUCGCCGAUUUGAUAGGCAAUCUUCGAGCAGCGAUAGGCCUCACUAUGACAGGCAAAAAGAUCAGCAGUUUGAUCGGCAACCUUCAGGUGGCGAGAGGCACCAUGAUAGGCAUGAUGACAACAGGAGCAGUGGCUGGGAUGACAAUAGGAAGUCUGAUAGGUCAGAAUCAAGAGAGAGGCAGUAAAGAACCGGUAUCAGGUUCAUUUUUUCUGCUUUAUUCUCCUGUUUUGUUGUAUAUGCAGUAGCUAGCCAGUAGCAUCCGUGCAUGUUUCUGAACUUGAUGUGUUCAGCGAGCUGCAUCCCGCCCGAAACGUCAUGAACAACCGUAGCUUAAGCAUCAUGUGCAUCCUACUCUUAUUUUGCGUUGCCUGGAACCGAACUAAUACAUUCCGAAUAAAUCCUGAUGUCAGAUAUGGGAGGGUUCUGUUGUAAUGUUGAAUGAGCUGCUGCUGGCUGUAUACAUUUGCUUUGGUGUCUGUCUGGCGUAGUGGUGUUAUUUAUGCCCCUGGUGGUGAAGACAGGGUUCUGUAAAAACAUUAAACAUAGCUUGACCUGUUUUACUAGUUUUUGCCUUGCGACUGAAUGAUGUGAGCCCUGCAAAUA